CUGAAAUUCAAAUUUGAACGGCCGCUGGCGGCCGAGUCCGACACUGGAGGCUGAGGGGAAGAGAGAAGGUUGGGAUAGUUCUCUCGUCCCGGACUCCUUGUUUUUUCCAAGUGACACACUCAGCCAAGACUCACUUCUUUUCUUUUUCUGAAUUUGAACCACCGUUUCCGUCGUCUCGCAAUCGACACGCGAACCCCGGGGCGAUGGACCCGUUUACGGAGAAACUGCUUGAACGAACCCGUGCCAGGCGAGAGAAUCUUCAGAGAAAAAUGGCUGAGAGGCCCACAGCUGCACCAAGGUCCAUGACUCACGCUAAGCGAGCCAGAGAGCCGCUUUCGGAAGCAAGUAACCGGCAACCCCCAUCUGGUGGUGAAGAGAAAUCUUGUACAAAACCAUCACCAAAAAAACGCUGUUCUGAUAACACUGAAGUAGAAGUUUCUAACCUGGAAAAUGAACAACCAGUUGAAUCAGCUUCCGCAAAACCUUGUUCUCCGAGUCCUCUGUCUCCUCAGGCACAGCCACAGGCACCAGCUCCGGUCAGUGAUUCCGCGGCUGUCCCAGCAUCGCUGGGCUUGAGGAAAGGGCUGACCUCAAGAUUGGAAGCAACUGCAGCCUCCUCAGUUAAAACACGAAUGCAAAAACUGGCAGAGCAACGACGCCACUGGGAUAAUAAUGAGAUUACAGAUGAUAUACCUGAAAGCUCACUCAUCUCAGCAGUGCCAUCAGAGGAAAAGGCUGCCUCCCCUCCCAAACCAUCCGUUUCAGAUGCCUCAGCAACUCCAGUUGGGAGAAGGGGCCGUCUGGCCAACCUUGCUGCAACUAUUUGCUCCUGGGAAGAUGAUGUAAAUUACUCAUCUGCAAAGCAAAACAGUGCACCAGAACAGCCUGGUACCACUUGUUUAUCCAAAUUUUCUUCUGCAAGUGGAGCAUCUGCCAGGAUCAAUAGCAGCAGUGUUAAGCAGGAAGCUACAUGCUGUUCCCAAAGGGAUGGCGAUGCCUCUUUGAAUAAAGCCCCAUCCUCCACUGCUGCGGGUGCAUCUUUGAUUAAUGUUGCAGUUUCCAGCUCUGUGAAAGCUACUUCUCCCCAAGUGAAAUCUUCUACUACAUCCAUUACUGAUGCUAAAAAUUGUGAAGUACAAAAUCCUGAGCUACUUCAAAAAACUCCUGUUAGUCCUCUGAAAACAGAAGUAUUGAAACCAGUUGGGAAGUCGACUGUAUCCCAGACAGUUCGGCCCAAAGAAGAAUUGAGUAGAGAAAUUUGUCUGCAGUCUCAAUCUAAAGGCAAAUCUACAACACCAGGAGGAGCAGGCAUCAAACCUUUCCUGGAACGCUUUGGAGAGCGUUGUCAAGAACACAGCAAAGAAAGUCCAGGUCGCAGCACACCCCAUAGAACCCCCAUUGUCACUCCAAAUACAAAGGCCAUCCAAGAAAGAUUAUUCAAGCAAAACGAGUCUUCAUCUACUUCCCAUUUAGCACAACAGCUCAAGAAGGAACGUGAAAAAGAACUAGCAUGUCUUCGUGGCCGAUUUGAUAGGGGCAAUUUAUGGAGUGCAGAAAAAGGAGAAAACUCAAGAAGCAAACAACUAGAAACCCAACAGGAAAUUCACUGUCAGAAUACUCCCCUCAAAAAACAUCAAGUUAUUUCAAAUACCCCAUCACUUCCAAUAACAGAAAAGGUGACAGAAAAUCAGACACCAGCCAAACCUUCCAGUACAGAACCUACAGUAGGUUUCACUGAAUGUGAAAUGACGAAGUCUAGCCCUUUGAAAAUAACAUUGUUUCUAGAAGAGAAAAAGUCCUUAAAAGUAACAUCAGACCCCAAGAUUGAGCAGCAGAUUGAAGUGGUACGUGAAAUUGAGAUGAAUGUGGAUGAUGAUGAUGAUAUCAAUAGUUCAAAAGUAAUUAAUGACAUCUUCAGUGAUGUCCUAGAGGAAGGUGAACUAGAAGUGGAAAAGAGACAAGAGGAGAUGGAUCAAGCAGAAGCAGAAAGCAGUGAAGAACAGGAGGAUGCACUGAAUAUCUCCUCAAUGUCUUUGCUUGCUCCGUUAGCACAGACAGUUGGUGUGGUAAGUCCAGAGAGUUUAGCUUCCUCACCUAGCCUGGAAUUGAAAGAUGCCAGCAUAAGUGAUGAAAGCCCAAAGCCAGGAAAAUUCCAAAGAACCCGUGUCCCUCGAGCUGAGUCUGGAGAUAGCAUUGGUUCUGAAGAUCGUGAUCUUCCGUAUAGCAUUGAUGCAUAUAGAUCUCAAAGAUUCAAAGAAACAGAGCGUCCUUCAAUAAAGCAGGUGAUUGUUCGGAAGGAAGAUGUUUCUUCAAAAUUGGAUGAAAAGAAGAAUGCCUUUUCUUGUCAAGUUAAUAUCAAACAGAAAAUGCAGGAACUCAACAAUGAAAUAAAUUUGCAGCAGACAGUGAUCUAUCAAGCUAGCCAGGCUCUUAACUGUUGUGUUGAUGAAGAGCAUGGAAAAGGGUCACUAGAAGAAGCUGAAGCGGAAAGACUUCUUCUAAUUGCAACUGAGAAGAGAACACUUUUGAUUGAUGAGUUGAAUAAAUUGAAGAGCGAAGGGCCUCAGAGGAAGAAUAAGGCUGGUCCCAUAUCCCAAAGUGAAUUUGUCCCAUCCAAAGGAUCCGUUACUUUGUCAGAAAUCCGCUUGCCUCUAAAAGCAGAUUUUGUCUGCAGUACAGUUCAGAAACCAGAUGCAGCAAAUUACUAUUUCUUAAUUAUACUAAAAGCAGGAGCUGAAAAUAUAGUAGCCACACCAUUAGCAAGUACUUCAAAUUCUCUUAAUGGGGAUGCCCUGACAUUCACUACUACAUUUACUCUACAAGAUGUGUCCAAUGACUUUGAAAUAAAUAUUGAAGUUUACAGCUUGGUGCAAAAGAAAGAACCCGCAGGCCCUGAUAAGAAGAAAAAGGCAUACAAGUCCAAGGCUAUUACUCCAAAGCGACUUCUCACAUCUAUAACCACGAAAAGCAGUGUUUAUUCUUCAGUUAUGGCGAGUCCAGGCGGUCUCAGUGCUGUGCGUACCAGCAACUUUGCCCUUGUUGGAUCUUACACGCUGUCAUUGUCUUCAAUAGGAAACACUAAAUUCGCUCUGGACAAGAUAAAUUAUGAUGUAAAAGAGCGAGAGCUACUGGGCUAUAUGUUCCAGGAAAAGGUGCCCUUUUUAUCUCCUUUGGAAGGUCAUAUUUAUUUAAAAAUAAAGUGUCAAGUGAAUUCAAGUGUUGAAGAAAGAGGUUUUCUAACCAUAUUUGAAGAUGUUAGUGGUUUUGGUGCCUGGCAUCGAAGAUGGUGUGUUCUUUCUGGAAACUGUAUCUCUUAUUGGACUUAUCCUGAUGAUGAGAAACGAAAGAAUCCCAUAGGAAGGAUAAACCUGGCCAAUUGUACCAGUCGUCAGAUAGAACCAGCUAACAGAGAAUUUUGUGCAAGACGCAACACUUUUGAAUUAAUUACUGUCCGACCACAAAGAGAAGAUGACCGAGAGACUCUUGUCAGCCAAUGCAGGGACACACUUUGUGUCACCAAGAACUGGCUGUCUGCAGAUACCAAGGAAGAGCGGGAUCUCUGGAUGCAAAAACUCAAUCAAGUUCUUGUUGAUAUUCGCCUCUGGCAACCUGAUGCUUGCUAUAAACCUAUUGCAAAGCCUUAAACUGUGGGAAGUUUCCAUCCCAUAUAGAGGUUUUUGAGCUAUGUCAUAAAGGUAUCUUAAGAGCAUCAGAGUUGCUUGAUUGCAUUUUAUGCUUUAAAUACGAAAGGGUAUGUGCCAAUAUUCACUACACAUUAUGCAGUAUUUAUAUCUUUUAUAUGUAAAGCUUCGACUGAUUUCUGUUAUUCAUAAAUGAUUGGAAGAAUAUUCAUUAUAGUCAAUUUUGCUAAACCUUAAUUUAAAAGCCUCAUUUUCCUAGAAAUCUAGUUAUUCAAUUUUUCAUGAUACAAUAUUUUUUUAAAAGUAAGACAUUUUGAGUUGUCUUCUUGGAGCUGUGGGUCUCAAAGUAGAAAGGUCUUCCAGGGUUGGAGAUAGAAACCUCCAACUUGGUCUUCCUUCCUCUGGCCUCAGUGCUUUUUUCUGCAGGUUGCGAUCAUUUGUUGAUCAUGAUAUAUCAUAUUACUAGAGGACUGAGAAAUUUCUGAGGGACUUUACAGAAGCAUUUUUGGUAAUGGAGGGUAAGAACUUUGUCAAAUAGCAAACAUACGUUGGUUUAAAAGCUUGAGGCUGCCUUUAAACAAGAUGUGGACGUAGAGGAUGUUGUGUGAGGUUCGGAAGUUAAAUGUUUGGUUUAGAAAUGUUUAUAAUCGCAUGGUUUACAUUUACUCAGUUACUAUAGUUGCUUGUGGUGCACAUUUUCAUAGAAUACAGGCUUUUUUAAAUAAUCGUUUUUGCUAUAUAGCUUACAGACUCCUCAAAUAUACUUGGCAUAAUAGUUCUUUCUGCUCCUGUAACAAAAACAAAUGUAAAUUGAAGAGUCUUUAUAUGAAAAAAGUAAACUUUACCAAGCUGCUACAGACUAAUACUUUGCUUGCCAAAGUUUUUGUCUUUUUUUUCACGUCCAUGUACGACAGUCUAGAACCCCAUUAUGAAAUCAUUUGAAAAACUAAGUCAUGUAUUACCUUUAAAAGCCUAAUACUUUAUUUUUUAUUAUAGAAUAUUGUAAAGCAUGGUCUCAACUUUUAAAUACACUUUGAAUUUCUUCUCUGAAUUGUUAAAGUUAUUGGUGAUUUCCUUUAUAAACACUAAGUUCUGUCACCUCCUGUCAUUUUGUUUUUUAUUCCUUCAAAUGUGUUUUUUCUUAUGUGUAUUAUAAAAUAUAUAUUUUAUGAUCUCACCCAAAUAAAUACUUGCAAAAGGCUUAAA